GUCAAGAGUUUCAUCAGAGCACUACACUAGCAAUGCGAGUGGCGCACGUGGACCGCAAACUCUCCCGGCGACUUAAAAUAAAAAAUUGUUAAAUGACAUUUGAUUUGCUGGAUAUACCGUUUCACACAGUUUACAAUUAUGUUUCGUUAGUCUUGUGUUUAUUCCGAACAAGAAACUGUGCCGUAUGACGCUGUAAAUUUGAGCUCACGCUAAAUUAAUUAAUAGUGAGAAUGUGGGAGCUGUCAGAGUAGUUUUUUUUAAGAGUCACUCCACAUUAUUUGACCUCAUUAUGGUGGACAAGGGUCCCCUUCUGACUUCGGCUAUCAUUUUUUACCUGUCCAUUGGGGCAGCAAUAUUCCAAGUCAUCGAGGAACCGAACUGGGAGAUCGCAGUAAAGAAUUAUAAAGCAGAAAAGGAGAAAAUAUUGAAACAAUUCCCAUGUCUUACAAAGGCUGACCUGGACCACAUUCUAGAGGUGGUGUCUGAUGCUGCAGGACAAGGCAUCACCAUAACAGGAGACAAAACCUUCAACAACUGGAAUUGGCCCAAUGCUGUCAUCUUUGCAGCUACAGUUAUUACAACUAUAGGUUAUGGAAAUAUUGCUCCCAAAACACCUUCAGGGAGGGUUUUCUGUAUUUUUUAUGGUCUUUUUGGAGUGCCACUGUGUUUCACAUGGAUCAGUGAACUUGGAAAGUUUUUUGGUGGAAGAGCUAAACACCUUGGGCAAUAUCUUACUAAGAAAGGGGUAACAUUGCGGAAAACACAGUUCACCUGCACAGCUGUCUUUCUGUUAUGGGGUGUGUUGGUGCAUUUGGUGAUUCCUCCAUUUGUAUUCAUGUCUCAAGAAGGCUGGACCUAUAUUGAGGGCUUGUAUUUUUCUUUUGUCACUUUGACAACUAUUGGAUUUGGUGAUCUUGUAGCAGGUGUUGACCCCAAUGCUGACUACCCUACUCUGUAUCGGUACUUUGUAGAGGUCUGGAUUUAUCUUGGUCUGGCAUGGCUCUCUUUGUUUUUCAACUGGAAGGUGCGCAUGGUUGUGGAGGCUCACAAAGCUCUAAAGAAGCGCCGUAAAAGGCGCAAACUUUCUCUGGAUGAGUUACAGCACAUCAAGGAAAGUCACAAGACCCUACAUCUGCCACCAACUCCCAAUAAUGCCAACAUCUUUAGCUUCCUGUCCAAGAGAAAAGAAUGUUAUAAUGACUUAAUCAAGCAGAUAGGUGCCGAGAAGGAAGGAGAAGAUCAACGUGUCAGCUUAGUCACCGGCAGCAAGAAUAAAGCACCAAACCACUCGAAGGGCUGCAGUGAUAGUCUUUCCAUUAAUGGAAAUUCCAUUCUCAGUCUAGACCGCUCACCUCGACAGAAGCGCCGCUAUAGCUUCAGUGACAGAGUUACUGUAGCUCUCUCAAAAUCCAAGAGCUACCUUCUUAGCCAAGAGGAAUGUCUUCUCAUGAAUGAAAUGCAUGGGGAAGGAGAAACAGACACCGACCUAGACUGUAUAAGAAUGUAUGAGAAUCAGUUGGACAAGGAGGCAGGAGAGAACCAUAAAGGUCUCAAACCUAAAGGCUGCAGCGAUGGCCGGAUCACAUGGGACUCCAAAAGUUACCAGACCCUCAUGUUUCCCAAUGCCAACAUUACCUUCAUUGAUGAAGAGAAUUUGCUAAUCAACAACUUGGAGGAUGAUGAUAAUGAAUUUAUGCCUAAGUUCUCAACUGCUGAUGAGACGGAUUUCAAAAAGGGACAGGGCUCAGAAUCGGAGACCUCCGUAUUCACCACAGAAGGGUUGGACCAUGGCCACUCUUAUGAACAGCUGGUGGAAGAGUAUUCCAAAGAGGACAACAAUGACAUUUGAUUCUGUCUCCUUUCUUCCUUUCUUAAAACUCUAAAGUUUUUCUUUCAUGAAAAACCUGAAAUGAUGGUGAAAAUUAUAAAAAAUAUAAGGUUUUACUCACACCCCAUUUACACUUUUCAAAUGGGAUUUUACAUAUCUAUAUCUACAUAUCUAUAUCUACAUAUAUUAUUGUUUUGUUUUGAUUGUUUUGCAAGUGAUCCAACAGGUGUGUCUUAACUGCAGGGUUUAAUAUUCACUAUGACCUGGAUCACUAACAAUGCAUGUUCGCUGCAUGUUUUUUUUCCCCACCAUAUUGGUGGAAUUUUUUUUCUUUCUUUUUUAGAUAAAGAAAGAGAAAAAACUAUCAACCUGUCGAAGCUUAAUCCUUAUUGGAUGUUGAAACUAUUUUUAUUGUCUUCCACUUUAGCCCAAGGUUUUCUAUUGGGUAACCAUGUUGACCUGCUAGGUUUUAACUUGAGAUUUGUUUUAAAUGGUAUGUCAUGAUUUGACUUUUUAACACUAUGAUUUUUAUUCCAAGUCUUUUAUUGAUGCAGGCAUUAUUUUUAUGUUCCUAAAAUGUGUUAACUCCUAACUGUCAAUAAGAUAAUAAUCCACACUGAAAAACUCUAUGGGCCUUGCUCUGUGUCCCUGUCAAGUCAAGAAGACAGUAUUUGAAUAGGCCCAAGAUAACAGGAAAUUAUUGCAGUGGUAGUUUUACUAACAUAAUAAUGACCGUUUUGGUGUCAGACUCACGUGUUGACAUUAUGCUGGUUCCAUGUUGACAUAAAACCAACAUACAAAAUAACCAUUAUAAUACUCCAAGGGAUUCAAAAAUAAAAAUUGUAGUUGUGGUUUUCUCACAUGAUUCUCUUGCAUCAUGAUACUGAAUGCCCCUUGUGUGUAGAGAGUUGCAUCCUGAGUCAUCCUGUUGCAGAUGUAAAUUUGUGUUUUUAGACCGAUCUCCCUUAAUAAUCUUUUGGAUUCAUUCUUUCUUUCUGUCUUUUUCUUUCUGUCUUUCUUUUGUUUUUGUUUUAAUAAAAGUUGAUUGAACUUACGUAUGCACUCUAAUUUGCUACUGUAUGUCUCUAAUAUUCAUUGGUGUGUGCAUCACGUAAAUACAUUUUGCUCCAAUUUACCUUUCAUCUAAUGAGCUUUAGUGUUGUCUUUUGUUCAGUCACUCUCCAAUGUACUCUUGACCAAGUAGUAGGCUCCUUGUUGUGAGCCUGUGUUAUUGAUCUGUGCUACAUUUUAUUGAAUGUUACAUUUCAGUUGAACUUUUGGUGUGUCAUUCUCAAUUGUGUGCAAAGAGGGUUUUCACCAGCUCAAACUUUGAACAAAAAAAAAAGCGGUCCACCCCCCUUUUCCCGAUUACGCUUCUUCAGAGAUCUCUUUAAUUCUCUUGAGAGAACAAUGUGUUUCUUAGGUAAACAUCUGAAAAUGGCCUGUCAGCAGCUGCCACUGUUAAUAUUUUUCUUGUAGUCUCUUUCAAUUAGCUAUGAGCUAAAAUGUCAGAAAUGAUUAAAACCAGAAUUUAUAUUACUAGCCAAGCUUAACUGACCUUAGGUUAACCUGUCAAGUCAUGGUUUUGUUCAUGUUGCAAACUUUCGUCCCGUUCUUUUGAAAAGAAAGCAUAAGCAUUUUACCUAAAUGAUGUGAAGGGUAGAGUGGUUUUGAUCGUUUUCUUCACAUUGUGUUUUAAAUAUCCUGUACUUUGUAAUGAUGUAUUUCCAUAUGUAUUUUAAUUAUUUUCUGUGUUGAGUUAUUUUAGUGCUGUUUUACUCUGUUCAGAUGAUCACUGCAUGGACUUGAAUGUUGGGAUGAAUUAACAUUUUCCUUUUGAAAUAAACAAGUAGAAUUCCUG